AUGUGCCCCUUUGCGAAGAAAGUAUGGAGUAAAAUUCCCCUUAAAGAAGCAGUUCACAUAGCUGCCACCGAGAACCUCAAAUCAGUUAUGGUCCGAUUCCGCUCAGUGGUGUGUCUACCACCAUCUGGAGUACCAAACGCCAUACUCCCAUGGGUGUGUUGGUCAAUAUGGAAAGAUCGAAACUCUUUCAUCUUCGAAGGGGAAUGCGCACAACCUGAAGACAUCGCAACCAGGGGUAUUGCUUUAGCAAGAGAAUGGAACGAAGCACAAUUUUCAGAUAUUAAAGUGCAGAGUACCCUUACAACGAUGCAGAACAACAAAUCAAGAGGCCUUCCACAACCUAAUCAUCGGGUCUCGAUCUGUAUGACAGACGCCUCAUGGGAUGCGGCUCGGUCUAGGGCAGGAUUAGCGUGGAUCCUGAAGGGACCUUUGGGCUAG